UCCUGGCUGGGGAUCCCGAGCGAGUUGGGCUCUAGUCUAGACCAGAGAAUGAGGUGUGAAUAAGUAGAAUAGGGGACGUUUUAGCGGUUGAGCCUGAGGACCCCACUAGGGGCGGGGAUCCCUUCCUUUUCGUCCCAUCUUCUCCCGGCUUGGCCGCAGCGACCUUCGUCCACGAGCAGAGUCGCUGACCCACGGCGGCUGGCUGGAGCAAUGGUGCCACCUAGUGGUGAGCGUAGGAACGACCCACGGUGUCACGGCGGGGACCCCAGCCUUGAGGAGGUGCUUUUGGAGGCUGGGGUGGCGAUUCAGCACCAGUGUGAGCCGGACAGCGCCUCCCACCCGUGGCCUUUGAACCCUGCAGCCGAGCUCCUCUGGAGAGAUUCUUUUGGCUCAUCCCGAAGGAACUCCGAAUGUCUCUGGACCACUCCUGACCGUCCCCACGUGGCCUCCAGUUUGCAAAACUGGUAUUCGAGGGCUCACUGCUCUCCUCCCCACCUCGCAUCUCUUUCCUCUUAGUGGAAGAGCACGAGGCAGUUCAGGGCUGGAGAGAGGUCACACACGUGAUUAUUCAUACUGCAUGCCCAGUCGCCAGGGGAGAUUUUACUAGAGCGAGGUGCCCCAGGAGCGCUGCAAACAGAAUAGGUGUGUUCCUGCACGUUUGGAAACCUGCAGAUCAAACUCGGCCCCGCCGACCUAGGGACACGUGUACAGACAGGUGUCUGAGGGACACAGGGCAGGUAGGAAGGCGCGAAGCCAGGUGGAUUUGCGCUCGGGAGUGGAGCGCCGGGCGCUAGGACCGCACGGACAGCACGUUCCCGGAGAGGGCGGGGCUUGGGCGGUGCGCGCGCAGCCGCAGCAGGCAGCCCGAUGGAGCCAGACUCCGAACCCGCGACCGUGGAGGUUCCCGCGGGGCGUGUGCUCAGCGCCUCGGAACUCCGGGCGGCUCGCUCGCGGUCCCAGAAGCUGCCCCAGCGGUCGCAUGGCCCCAAGGACUUCCUCCCGGACGGCUCGGAGGCCCAGGCCGAGCGGCUGCGCCUGUGUCGCCAGGAGCUGUGGCAGCUGCUGGCAGAGGAGCGCGUGGAACGCUUGGGCAGCUUGGUGGCCGCGGAGUGGAGACCCGAAGAGGGCUUCGUGGAGUUGAAGUCGCCUGCGGGGAAAUUCUGGCAGACCAUGGGCUACUCAGAGCAAGGGCGGCAGCGGCUUCACCCCGAAGAGGCCUUGUAUCUGCUGGAGUGUGGCUCUAUUCAGCUCUUCUACCAAGACCUACCACUGUCCAUCCAAGAGGCCUACCAGCUGCUGCUGACUGAGGACACCUUGAAUUUCCUACAAUAUCAGGUCUUCAGCCACCUGAAGAGACUAGGCUACGUGGUUCGCCGGUUCCAGCCGAGCUCUGUCGUGUCCCCUUACGAGAGGCAGCUUAACUUGGAUGGCUAUGCCCAGUGCCUGGAGGACGGGACUGGCAAGAGGAAGAGGAGCUCCAGCUGUCGGUCUGUUAGUAAGAAGGCUAAGGCUCUACAGAACUCCCUGCCACCCAUGAGCGGGGCAGCCUCCAGCCCACCUGCCUGUGACCAGAGUAGCCAGUACUCAGAGAAGCCCCAGGAGUCAAGUCCCAGAAAGGGCUCAGGACCCUCCUUUCAGGCUCUGGGGUCUUCAGAGCCUUGCCCUGCUCUGGCCAGGGAGGAUGUGGAGUGUGGCCAGGAGAAUGAUAAAAUCAAGAAUGGAGCCAAGGGGGCUCCUAAACCACGCUGGAACUUUGAGCAGAUCUCCUUCCCCAACAUGGCUUCAGAUAGCCGCCACACCCUUCUGCCUGCCCCAGCCCCAGAACUGCUCCCCGCCAAUGUCAUUGGGCGAGGGACAGAUGCUGAGUCCUGGUGCCAAAAGCUGAACCAGCGGAAGGAGAAGCUUUCCCGGAGAGACCGGGACCAGCAAGCAGAGGUGCAGCAGUUCCGGGAGGAUGUGAACGCAGAUCCCGAGGUGCAGGGCUGCUCCAGCUGGCGGGAGUACAAGGAACUGCUGCAGAGGAGACAGCUGCAGAAGAGCCAGCCCCGCCCUCCACACCUAUGGGGCCAGUCUGUUACUCCCUUGCUCAACCCUGAUAAAGCAGAUUCCCCAGCCGCGGUCCUUGAUCAAGUCUCCGUGCUGCAGACAGCACACCUUGCUGACGGAGGUUACCGGCUGCUGGAGAAUUCGAGAGGCUUGGAGAUCAGCUUCGAUGUUUACCAGGCUGACGCUGUGGCUACAUUCCGAAAAAACAACCCUGGCAAACCCUAUGUCCGGAUGUGCAUUAGUGGAUUUGACGAGCCUGUCCCAGAUCUCUGCAGCCUCAAGCGGUUGACCUACCAGAGUGGGGAUGUCCCCCUGAUCUUUGCCCUGGUGGAUCACGGUGACAUCUCCUUCUAUAGCUUCAGAGACUUCACACUGCCCAGGGAUCUGGAGCAUUGAAAUGCAGCUCUGGGGAUGGGAGCUGGGGGACUUGGAUACUCUCAGGGACCAUGUCGGCUGACUCCUGUACAGGACUCACCGGGAACUGUCUGGGCCAGUAUGGUCUACAGCCUUGGGUAUCUGCUGUUUGUAGGGGAGUGAAGCCUUGCCCCAUGCCCUCUUGCCUGGCAGUGACCCCCUUGGAACUCAGGACUUGAUUUCAGAGGCCCAGGAGAUGGGGCAGAAGAGAGGACUCUGUGCCUUUUAAACAGUGGGGUGCCUGCUUCGUGCCAUAAAGCCAAAGCCAUUAAAAGAAAUAUUCUCUGC